AGACUGAACCUGCUGCAUCCCUCUGUCCGUUCUGUUCUUCCUCCUCGAGUCGACAAGUCUGCUAAAAAAAAUGUAAUUAUGGUCUUCCCUGGUUAUUCCCAAAUUCUCCAUUCCUGCGAUCCAGUUACCACAGAUUACCGAGAACAAACCAGAGGAAACACAACAUAUCCUGGGUCUGCUGCAAGUCUGAAAAUUUAUCCACUGUGUCCUCGUAACGCAGAAGGUACUGUACAACGCGGUGGAUAAUCAUAAUCCGUUCUCUAGAUUAGCUUCCCGUUGCGGUGGAAGGAAAUGGCGCAGCCGCCGCCAGAGGCCCUGUCGCUCGCCGGCCGCCGGGUGGCGUUCACGACGCCGCAGACGGGCGGCGGAGGCGCCUACGGCGGCCGCCUGGGCGCGAUCCUGCGGCAGCGCGGCGCGCGCCCGGUCCCCGUGCCCACCGUCGCCGUCCAGCCGCACGACCCCGACCGCCUCCGCCCCUUCCUCCUGCCCGGCGCCCUGGACCCCUUCGCCGCGAUCGCCUUCACCUCCCGCUCCGGCAUCUCCGCCUUCGCCCGCGCCCUCCCGUCCUCGCACCGCCCCCUCUCCGGCUCCGGCGCCUCCGCGCUCCCCUUCACCGUCGCGGCGCUGGGCAGCGACGCGGACCUCCUCGACCGCGCUUUCCUCUCGCGCCUCUGCGGCGACGCCGGGACGAGGGUAGCCGUCCUCGUCCCCGACGUGGCCACCCCGGCCGGCCUCGUGGAGGCGCUGGGCCCCGGGUCCGGCCGCCGCGUGCUCUGCCCGGUCCCGGACGUCGUCGGCCUGCGCGAGCCCCCCGUCGUGCCGGACUUCCUCGCGGGGCUCGAGGCGGCCGGUUGGGUGGCCGUGCGCUCGCCGGCGUACACCACGUGCUGGGCCGGGCCGGGCUGCGCGGGGCCGCUGGUGGGCCCGGACGCCGCGGCGCCCGACGCCGUCGUGUUCACGAGCACGGCCGAGGUGGAGGGGCUGCUCAAGGGGCUGGACGCCGCGGGAUGGAGCUGGGCGCGGCUGAGGGCGCGCUGGCCCGGCAUGGUCGUGGCCGCGCACGGGCCGGUCACCGCCGACGGCGCCAGGAGGCUCGGCGUCGAGGUGGACGUCGUGAGCGCCAGGUUCAGCAGUUUCCAUGGAGUUGUUGAUGCUCUUGUCACAGCGUUUUCUCCCCAGAAGAUAGUGUAAUUGAAUUUAUCUUGGCCGCAACAUCGACUGGAAUUCUGGAAACAGGCACAUUUCGUUUGAUUGAUGAAUCAGGAAUGUUCAUAACUAGCUGAAAGGAUCACCUAAGCGUCUUGAUCAUGCCAUGCUUUGUGCAUGAUCGCAUGGAAAAGCCGCUCAGCCCAGGAACAGGCUCGAUGGCGCGUCAUUGACUUACGUGUGUUGGGCAUAGAGAGAAAUGCCGAACAGCAUUACCCGCUGCCUCACUUCCA